AUGUCAUCAAAGCAUGUUGUUUUCGAUAUUGUCGGAACACUGGUAGCCUAUGAUCAUGUGUUCGAUGCCCUUGAUACCCGUCUAGGGGACCGGUUGCGCGCAGAGGGUAUCAAACCUCGCCUUCUGGGAUACACAUGGAUGGAAGCUGCGGAGCGCGAGUACACCAACCUCAGCCUUGCACAGACAUAUGUCCCAUUCGGGGAGGUUUUCCGUGCUCUUUUUUAUCGCAUGCUUUGGAUGGCUGGCAUCGCCGAGCCACGAAAGUGGGCAUCGCCUGAAGAUCUGGAAUAUAUUAUGAAGGAGUACCAACUCCUUGAAUUCCGCCCCGGCGCAGCACAAUGCGUUCAAAAGCUUCGUGAUGCUGGAUUCACGGUUUGGGCUUUCACAGCUGCGGACAUCAGCCGUGUUGGAGGCUAUUUCAAGAAUGCCGGGGUGGAACUCCCUGCAGAGAACUUGCUCUCUUGUGACGAUGCAGGUGUCGGAAAGCCCGAUCUGGCGGCUUACCGACCUCUGUUGGAGAAACUCAAGUCGGAAAACGAUGGGAAGACGCCUUGGUUUGCGGCGGCGCAUAUGUGGGACGUAUCUGCUGCUAGGAAGGCUGGCUUCAAAGGUGCUUACUGCUCUGUAUGGGAAAAAGAGUCGCUCUCAGAGCUCUUUGGAGAAAUGGACGUCAUGGAUGAUACCUUGCCUGGGAUGGCUGACAAGAUUAUUGCCCACCAAGCAUCUUCGUGA